AUUGCGUACAUUUAUUGUAGAAUAGAGCGCAAAUGUGUAUCGCAAGUUGUCUAACUGUUCCAUUGGAGAAUAGGCAAUUCAAAAUGCACGAUAAUUUCAAAACAAAAACACGAUCGCAAGGCACGAUUCACGUAGAGAAAUUUCGAAUUUAUUUACUUGUCUCUUUUACUCUCUUUUUUUUUUCUCUCCUGGCAGCCGUCAAAAUGUUCAAGUGAUGAGUACUCAGGACAACUCGGAAUUUAAAUUCGCUUUGCGCGACAUAGCGUUGCACGCACCCAGUCUGCCGAACACCUAUGAUCGCGUCCGAUGUUCGGAGUGGGCGCGAAAGUUAGCAGGAAUGCCCGACGAUGACCUCGAGAGCUCGAAGACACGCAACGAGUACAUACAGUUCCUUCGCAUUCAGGUGCGAAACAAUUUCCUGCACGGUCCGUUCCUGUAUCCACCGCCGGAGAAUCAACCUCUGAGCUGUCUCUCCGAGCACCUGGGAAACAUGCUCUCGAAGCAGAUACCGUAUUUGCCGAGGACCGGACCAAUAGCGCCGAUGGUGCAUCACCGCGCCCCCGAUGGGCGGGCCUUCAUCUCCGUCAAACAGAUACCGGGCGGUGGCGUUCUGUGUUACAUGGCCGUGAGUCCUGAUGGUUUCGACUAGUGAUUGAAGAUAAUCAAAUCUAUUUAAUAAAUACAUUAUG